AUGUAUAAAGUGAAAGUGAACAACAGCCCGGGCCUCUCGACGUCGCCAACCCACGGGAUUGUGGAAGCCGGGCGAAGUGGCGAGAUUGACCUGUCGCUGCCGGUGUCUCCCGGGAAUUGCCGUCUCGCCGUCGACGUGUUGCCCACCGAGCCGGGCAAGCCGUUCGAUGCCGAAGCGUUCCACCAGACGACCCCGCUUCGCUACCCCGUCAACAUUGUCGUCGAA